UUCGGCUCGCGUGCUGAUGGUCUCGCCGCGAGGCUGCUGAUGGUCUCCGGCUUCGUCGAGCGCCUCAUCCUCAUCGACAAGGGCGACAACAGCACGGAGAGCCAGUAUUACCUGGAUCUCGAGAAGCGCCUGUCUCUCCAGUUCUCCAUCGCCGUCACCGUCGUCCUCCUGUCCAUCUUCGCCUGCUGCGGCCGGCGCGUGCCAUGAUGCGCCUGCUCGCCCUCCUGGCGGUCGCCGCCGCGCGCACGAAGCCGACGCCGCUCGCCGCGCGCGCGCUCCGCGUCGCGCACGGCGGCGGCGACGCGACGGCCGCGGACCUGCAGGAGGCGCUCGACCUCCGCGGCGCGGACGUCGCCGCGCUCGUCGAGGUCGGCGCGGCGUGGUGCGGGCCCUGCCAGGCGCUCAAGCCCGUGCUCGCCGACGCGGCGCAGACGUCCAAGGGCCUGCUGCGCGUCUACUGCGUCGACGUCGACUCGGAGCCCGCCGUCGCGGCCGCGCUCGAGGUCACGCAGAUGCCGACGGUCUUCGCCGUGCGAGACGGCGCGCUCGUCGACCACAUCGUCGGCAUGCCCCGGUCCGCGGAGGAGCUCCAGCGCUUCGUGCUCCGGGCCAUGUCCGAGGACGGCGCGACGGGCGCGAACAAACCGCCCGCGGGCCGGUCCGCGGCGCUCGCGCGCGUCGUCGGGGCCGCGGCGCUCGGCGCCGCGGGCCGCGAGGCGCUCCAGGCCGAGGCGACGAGACUGCUAAAGGACGCGACGCCGGAGGACGCGGCCGCGCUGAAGACCGUCGCGCUCUACCUCAAGCACGCGGCCAAGGGCAGGCCCAUCUUCCUCGACAACGCCGUCUACGCCGCCAAGGUCGCCGGCAGCGCCGCCGCCGAGGGCGUCCUCGAGGCCGCGGGCUUCGCGCUCAUCCCCGGCGACCCGGACGACGACGACGCGGACGCGAAGCGGGACAAGCUCCACCCGACGCACCGGAACCUCGCGGCCUUCGAGCUCCUCCGCGCGGCCGUCGAGAAGGCCCUCGCUACUGCGUCUUAAUUCCAAAGAUCUC